AGUGCUGCUGUGAAGAGAACCAUCCUCACACUGAAUGCUGAACAUCAGCUACUUCCUGCUGCUGAUUUAAACCUUGUUGUAGAGAUGGAACAUUGGCUGUGGAUUAUUCUUGCUGCUCUCUCCUUUGAGUGUAAAGGACAAGACACAGUGACCCAGCCAGCAGGAGAUGUCAGCGCUACUGAAGGAGACACAGUUACACUUGGCUGCACAUUUCAGACCUCUUAUACAGCCUAUCUGUUCUGGUACAAACAAGAAGUCAAUGGUUACCCAAAGUACAUGCUGAUGCGUUGGACAGGAACUGGAGAGAAUGCUGAAGAGUUCAAGAAAGACAGAUUUGAUGCUACAUUCAACAAUAAAUCAGUUCCUCUGCAGAUCUCCUCUGCUGCAGUGACAGACUCUGCUGUGUACUACUGUGCUCUGAGCGGAGGAUCAACUAAACUCAUCUUUGGAAGAGGAACCAGACUAACCGUUGAAACCAAGGAAGAGUACAAGCCGUCCUUCUACAAAUUCAAGGAUAACUCCACCUCGCUGUGUCUGGCCACCGGCUUCAGCAGACUCCGAGCUGCGGAUAAGGAAAAAAAUAACACCUUCAGCAACAUUACGGGCGCCGUGAGGAUCGAUGGUGACUCACUGUUCAACCAGGUGGCCUACCUGUCCUCUGAGGAGAGCGGACAGUGUGAGACAGAGGGUGGACCGGUUGACUGUGAUGACUCUUUGCAGCCAGACCCUCAGGUGAACCUGGUGUCUCUCACGGUGCUCGGGCUGCGGCUCCUCUUCAUGAAGACCGUGGUGUUCAACGUCCUGCUGACGCUGCGCCUCUGGAUCACUUCCUGAGAUCCUGGAGGACGACGGACGGGUGUCUGUUUCCUGUUCUGUAAAAAUAUAAACUCAUCUGUGGAUAUCUUCAGACACGGGGAAACAUCCUGUAACACGUCUCAUCUUCAUCAUCUUCAUCAUGCUUACACUUUCUUAAUGAUGUUGUGGAUAUUAAUGAAUGCAUUUUGACUGUAAAUAUCUAACAUUUAACAGUAAAAGAACAUGUCAAAUCUCUGUGUGAUAUUUCCUGUGACGUUAAAAUAAAAAAUGAGAAAACAAACUGGA